CGCGCUUGCAUCGUUCACCGGUUCAACUUCAACUCUCCCUCUCAUUCACGUCAACGUUAACCUCACGUUGACUUCUCUUCCCUUCUCACCCUCUCCGUCUACGCGGUAGUAGUUAAAUCAAAUUGAAAUCCUUCAUAAGUUAAUAAAUAUUAAUCCAAACGCACAACACAACACAACACGAUCCAUUAGAAGAAAGAAAAUUAAGCAAAUAACAAGAAAGAAACAAUGAACGACUUGUUCUCCGGUUCCUUCUCCCGCUUCCGCAGCGACCAGUCCUCCCCGGACCGCCACCACGACAUCGAGAUGGGCGCCACCGCCUCCGGCGGCGGUCGCGGCGGCGAGGUGAACCUUGACAAGUUCUUCGAGGACGUGGAAGGCGUGAAGGAGGAACUAAAGGAGUUGGAAGGUUUGGCUCAGAGUCUAAGGAGCAGCCACGAGCAGAGCAAGACGCUGCACAACGCGAAGGCGGUGAGGGACCUGCGCGCGCGCAUGGACGGCGACGUCUCGGCGGCGCUGAAGAAGGCGAAGCUGAUCAAGCUCAAGCUCGAGGCGCUGGAGCGGUCCAACGCCGCGAACCGGAACAUGCCUGGGUGUGGACCGGGUUCGUCCUCGGACCGGACCCGGACCUCCGUGGUCAACGGGCUCAAGAAGAAGCUGAAGGAUGCUAUGGAGAGUUUUAACGAGAUUCGCCAGCUUGUGUCCUCGGAGUACCGCGAGACCGUGCAGCGGCGGUACUUCACCGUCACCGGCGAGAAUCCCGAUGACAAGACUCUCGAUCUCUUGAUCUCCACUGGUGAGAGUGAGACUUUCCUUCAGAAGGCCAUUCAAGAGCAAGGAAGGGGUAGAAUUCUGGACACCAUCACGGAGAUUCAAGAGAGGCAUGAUGCUGUCAAAGAGAUAGAAAAGAAUCUCAAGGAGUUGCACCAAGUGUUCCUUGACAUGACAGUGUUGGUGCAACAUCAAGGUGAGCAAUUGGAUGAUAUUGAGAGCCAUGUGGCAAGAGCUCAUUCGUUUGUGCGCACUGGAGCUGAGCAGUUGCAGACUGCGCGGAAGCACCAGAAGAACACCAGGAAAUGGACCUGCUAUUGUAUCAUACUUCUUCUGGUGAUCAUCUUGUUUGUGGUGCUCUUCACUGUGAAGCCGUGGGAAAAUAGCAGUAGUGGCGGCAAUGGGGGUGGUCAGCCUGCACCAGCUCAAACACCUCCAUCACCUUCACCUCCUGUUAAUGCUUAACCUUGGGGGACUAUGAGUCUAUAUUUCACGAAGCAUAUUGGUUUCAUUUAUUUUGAUUUGAAGAUUGAGCUUUUAUAUUUUGGGAUGCAGCACGGGUGAUUGGCUUAUGAUUUGGUAGGAAAUCUGUUGGGUUGACCAGCAGUGUCAUUUCAAUCCAUGGAAAGGUUGGAUGAUUAAUCUGAGUUUGUAAUCUGAGGGAAGUGAAUGGCUGAUUGUUCUGUUGAGGUAGGUUCUUGGAGAUCAUUAUUUUGAGCAUCAUAUUCUUUUUCUGUAAGUAGUUUAUCUGUUUGAACAGUUGUAUUGCUGACCGAUGGUUAUAAAAACAUAUGGGAUCUUUCCCUAAAUAUGAUGUACAGUAUCUUACUGUUCCCUUAUGCUAUAUUACUGUUCCCUUAUUAGUAA